GGAAGAAAUCCUUGCUAAUAACCUAUAAGCCAUAGAUGACAGAGGAACGUAACCUCUGUGAUCUGAGCUUCCUAAAAAUGAAUAUGUUGCCACUGAAACUACGACCCCUUCUUAAGGCGCUAACAAGUAACAUAGAAAUACGAAAUAUCGCUCUAUCCUCGGUACUUGGAAUCAAAGAAAUAAAGCAAGUGCAAAAUGAUAAAGAACUGGUAAUUUAUGGCGAGAUUCAGCCAUCCCCUAGGGAACCUUAUCUUUUGAAAAACGAGGAUCACUGUUGUCCCAUUUGUGCGUCCGGCUUGGAUGUCAAGCAUACCGAUGUGCUUAUUCUUAGCCAGUUUGUACGGUCGGACGGUUGUAUGUUACCCAAGAGAAUAACAGGGCUUUGUAAGAGUCAGCAAAAGCGUAUGGGCAGUUUAGUUACAAUGGCUCAAAAGGCAGGGUUAAUGCCGAAUCUUACGCCAGCUUGGAGUAAAAAGGACCCAAAGAGACGGUAUAGAUGGAAGAAGUUCAAUACAUAUUUUGAUGAAAGCACGAUUAAAUGUUGAUGUGUUAUGAGCAUUGAAAGAGUUAGCAUUUGGGAUAUGUCAGAAUGUCGCGUUCAAGACUAAGUUGACAAGACCUAGAUUCAAACUCACCUUAUUGUCUCGAACACUCAAUAAUCUAAAAUCUGCAUCAACAAGUAAAUCAUCGGCACGAUUCCACCGGUGUGCAGCGGGAAUUUUAAUAAAUAAAACUGGAAAGGAAGACAACGAACAAAGCUCUAAUAAAAAAAACAACGCUUACACCGCAUACUCUUAUAUGCUUUUAUAAAAUACUAUAAAUAUAUGUAUAUAAACACG